UACAGUGAGACAAAACAUGAAAGUGAUUGUGGUUUUAAAAUUUGUUCUGUUUAUUAUUUAUAUCAGUAAUGUUCAAACGACAACUGAAAAUCCAAAUGAAAAGGACAACUUUUAUGAAGACGACCAAGGUUUCAUCAAGGCUAAUCCAAAGUUCAAAAUCGAUGGCCCGUUACCAACAGGGGCAGUGAAAAUAUACAAGCAAAUGCUCGAAGAACAAAACAAUCCCCCAGAAAGCACAACUAAAGCAAAAAGACGAAGACGAAAUGUCGAAGCUAUGUCACAGUUUCUCUCAGGCCAUGAGGAAAGGGAAGAACUUAUAAGAGAUAUGAAGCAUAGCAUGGUUACAAAAGAAGAACUUGAUUAUUAUAGUUUGGAUGUCAAACUUGAACCUCCGAAUGAUUUCAUUACCAGAGUUCCUCUAAAGUACAACGAAAUAAACGGACAGUUCCAAGGGAAGAUUUCGAUUGGGACUCCGCCACAAAUCUUUGACAUGAUUUUUGACACAGGGUCGUCGGACUUGUGGGUUAGAUCAGACAAGUGUAUAUUUGAAAACUCCAACGUUGGGAAUCCAGAUUCUGCUAAUUCGUUCAAAAGUAGUCUGUCGUCAACAUAUGAGAGGUUAAACAAGACUAUUGACAACCAAUAUGCCUCAGGACGGAUCAAAGGACUAACCGCACUGGAGGUUGUAAGACUUGGAAAUCUGACAAUCCACAACCAAAUGAUCAUUGAAGCAACUCUUCUUCAAGAUUUGCCUUACACAUAUUUCGACGGCAUCUUUGGCCUCAGUCCCAAAGAUGAUCGGCAUUACCUAAUGUGUCCGCUUCACAACAUGAUCAUGCAAGAUCUUCUCCCAGCUCCGAUGUUUUCCCUCUACUUCUCCGACUCCAAGAAUGAACUCAUACUUGGAGGAGUGGACCCAAACUACCACAAGGGAGAUUUUAUAUUUGUCGGAACCCUGAGCAAGGAGGCUAAACACUGGAGGUUUUUCCUCAAAGGCAUAUACAUUGGGGAUGAAGAGGUGAGCAAUAGAGGAUGUAUGGGGAUCGUAGACUCCGGAUCAGACUUCCUGAUGGGUUCUGCGGACUUGAUAAAGUCUAUCGUGAAGGCAGUAGAUCCUGAGGGAGUGACCAAUAAGGUUCAUGACGCUUACACGCUGAUGUGUAGUGAUACUGAAAAACUGAAGGAUAUUGCUUUCAAGACAAUGGACAAUCAACUGCUUUCUCUAUCAGCAAAAGAUUAUGUAAAGAAGGCAGUCAUCAACAAAUCUGAAUUCUGCUAUACUCCCUUCGUAGUUCUCGAGGGGUUGGAGACACCCAGUUCAACCCCCGUGUUGUGCUUCGGAACAGUCUUCAUGAGGAAAUACUACACCCAGUUUGAUGUAAAAAAUAGUAGAAUCGGUUUUGCACUUGCUCAAUAAACAUGAGUGUAGAUUCCACAUGGUUCAAUAAAUCAA